AUGAAUACUGUGAAAAACUAUAUUCUGACGUUAAAUUUAUUUCGAUCUAACAGAAAUGAAGAAGAAGUGACUGAUCAUCAGCUAGAAAGCAAUCUUAUUGCUACUCGUGUUUAUCUGAUAACUUUAGUAAUGGUUUUGCUUGGCAUUGGUCUUGCAACAAAACUAAAAAUUGAAACAAAAACACUAGUUAUCGACCAACCUACUCAGUCUCAAUUUGAAUCAUUAGUCGAUCCUUCAUGUCCAUGUUCAAAAAGUUCUUUACCUUAUAGUGAAUUUAUUUCUCAUGAACCAUUAUUUCAUCAAGUGUGCUCAAGUGAUUUUAUUUCUAAUCAGUGGAUUGAAUCAUUUUAUUUUGGAAAUAUUACAACAAAUUAUCUUGCAAGUGAUUAUCGUGCUAUAGCAAGUGCAUUUUCUCAAGCACUAAAGAGUUUCUGUCAAUUAUCAAAAGAAAAAGUGGCAGAAAGUCUUCUGUUGUUUGAAACAACAUCAAUGAUUAAUACUUACGCACUUUCUCAAUCUAUUCUUGAAUCUGAAGUUCAAUCAACAAUCGACCGUUUUCAAAGAACAGCACCUAAUCAAUUUCGAACACAGGUCGAACUAAUCAAUCAGAUAAUUCUUGUUAACGAGUUACUCAACGGAUUAGAAACUUGUCUUUUCCCAUCACUUCGUGCGGGUGAUGUUGGUUUUCGAGUUCAGUUAAAUAUCAAUGGAUUUCAACAUAAUAAUGAAUCAUGGUGUUGGUGUUUAGAAUCCUUUAUUUGUGAAGAACCAAGCGGAAUUUACAAUGAAUAUGCCAUUGACACAAAAGGAUAUAUUUCGCUUGAUUAUAAGCCAAUUAUGAGUGUACCAGGAAUUAUGACAGGUUUAAUGCCAGUCAAUACAUUACUUCAAUCAUCACUUGAAUGUUUUUUCAAUGAAAUUUGUCUUCAUAGGAUUUUGCAAUAUUCGAAAACGCCAAAUGCAAAAUUUAAUGUAAUGACUCCAUUGGCAACUAGUCGAUUCAAUGUCAAUUCAACUGUUCAGUCAAUCAUAGAUCGAUUAAUGGUUGAAGAUUGGGGAUCAAUGAUCUCUUUUGAGAAGUAUUAUACUCAGUGCGCGCCAAUAAUGUGUCGUUAUUCGAUCAAUGAACGACCUGAUUAUUUCACUGUUUCCAGUAGAUUGAUUGGUCUUCUUGGUGGACUUUGUACGGUAUUGUCUAUCAUAGUUCCAUUAAUCGUUAACUUUAUUCGACGACGGCCAACUGAUGAAAUAACGGAAGCUAUUUCUAUGAGAGAACGUAUAUGCCGAUUGGUACUAUCAGUGAAGAAGAAUCUUGUUGAAUUAAAUCUUUUUAAUGAUAAUUCUGAUAAUGAACGGUUUAUUUCGGAUCAACGUAUAGCCACUCGAAUCUAUAUAUUAAUUUUACUUAUAGUUCUAAUUAUAUUAACUUUCUAUUCGUCACUAUCACGUGAAGUUCAUCGAGAAACAAUCCAAAAACCGACCCAAUCUGAAUAUGGAUAUCUUCUAUCAAUUUAUUCGUCCACUUUAGAAUGCCCUUGUUCAUUGAUUUCAAUUCAAAGAAAUACUUUUAUGGAAAUGGAACCUGAAUAUCAUCAAGUCUGUUCAAGUGAUUUCGUUUCAUCUGUAUGGAUCGAUUAUACAAAUCAAGGUAUUGCAGCUGGAGAAUAUUUUUAUUACUUAGAUUAUAAAGGAAAUGCCGGUGCACAAUUUCAACUCUUAGCGAUUUUUUGUCAACAAGCUAAACAAAUUAUUACUGAUGCUCUUCAGCUUUUUCUUCAAGAUGACAUUGUAACAUCGCAAGUACUUUCGCCAGAACUAUUUAGUCUACAAAUGAACGGAUUAAUUCGAGAUUGGCAAUUAGAAACAAUUAAAAGUUUCAAUAGAACAUUUCAAUUGAUUCAAACGACUCAACAAGGAAAUCAAUUGAUAAAUGCUUAUUUCAAUUUCAAAUUAAACUUUAGUGAUACAGGUGAAAUCAUACCGUAUCCAUUAACUUAUUUUGAUGAUCAAACAAAUUCAACUUGUAAUUGUGCUAUAUCAAAAUCAUGUGGUACAUUAAUGGCCUUUUAUGAUUUUGAUCCGUUUACGUAUAAUUUUACAAGACUUGAUACAAUACCAAAUUUUUAUACGUCAUGUAUUCCUGUUCAAGCUUUACUCGAUUCGUCACUCGAAUGUUUUUAUAAUCAGACAUGUAUGAACAAAAUUGCUCUAUACUUACCACUAGGAAACAGUUCAUUUACAAUAAUGAAUUCAAGUAAAAAUCAAAAUAAUGAAAGGAUUGAAUUAAUUAUUAAUCGAUUAUUUGUUGACAAAUGGUCGUCAAAUUUAUCAUUUUAUAAUUAUUACCAAGUUUGUUCACCUCAAACAUGUACGUUUGAAUACACUCGUCAGCAUGAUUUCUUAUUCUUGAUUACUACUGUAAUCUCUGUCUUUGGUGGUCUAACAAUAGGUUUAACAAUUAUGAUUAGUAUUCUACUAGAAAUUGUACAAAAACUGAGAAGCAAUCGUUCAUUUUUCGACCACAUUGAUGCUAUGAAACAAUGGACUCUUAGUUUGAUGAAAGAAAAAUAUUUACCCAAUCGACUUAAACUUUUACUGUUAGUAAUUAUAUUAGUAGUACUCUUUUUAUUUUCUUCAUUUCAACUGGAAACAAAAACGAUCCAAAUAUUCAAACCAUCAAUUGAGAUCUAUGAAAAUUUAUUUAAAAAAUAUCCGAACACUCUUCAAUGCCCUUGCUCCAAAGUUUCAAUUUCAUACGAAGUAUUGAUUAAUGUUUCUGUGAUUAAUUAUCAUCAAGUGUGUAGAAGCUCUUUUAUUUCUAAUCAAUGGAUUGAAGCUAUAUUUUCUGAUAAAAAUUUUACUCAAUUUGAUUUAAUGGACUUUCGAUCGACGUCGUCGGCUUUUUUUCAACUACUGGCAUCUUUAUGUCAGUUGAGCAAAGAAACAGUCAACGAUGGGCUCUCACAAUUGAAAGCUACUAAAUUUAUUAAUGCUCAUAUAUUAUCAAGAGUCACGUUUAAUGAUCAAAUUCAAUCAUUUAUCAAUCAAUUUCAAGUCAGUAUGACUAAUGCAUUUUUAAACACACUUCAUUUAGUUCGUCAAAUAACUAAUGAUAAUACAUUGAUGACACUUCGUGGAACAAAUUGGCAAUGGAAGAAAAUGACAAAUGAUACAUUUCGAGCUGAUGCGACGGUUCGAACAAAGCCGACUCACUAUGGUACAUGUGAUUGUGGUUUAUCUUCACAAUGUGUUCAACCAGCGGUAGUGGCUAAAAAUAACACUAUUCCUGGACUGUACGUUGGCUGUUAUCCGCUUGAAGCUUUACUUACAUCAUCCUUACAAUGUUUCCUUGACUCCUCAUGCUUUCAACAAAUACAAUUACAAAAUACCUCUUUCAAUCCAUUGGAUUCAUAUAUUGCAAGUCGUUUUCCUCAAAAUGCCUCAGUUGAAACUUUAAUUAAUCAACUGAUGGUAGAAGAAUGGUCAAAAUCAAUAUUCUAUGAAAAAUAUUUUAAUGAAUGUUAUCCACUCUCUUGUACUUAUUCGUAUUUUCAACAUCGUGGUUCAAUCGAUGUUCUAACAAAUAUUAUUGGACUUUACGGUGGAUUAGUAAUAUCAGUCAAAGUAAUCGUACACAUUUUGCUUAAUGCAUAUAAAUCAUCCAAACGACGAUCGAAUCGGGUUGAACCGAUAUCAAAUUAA